CAGCCAAUGACGGCGAAGUAUACAUCUCCAUCAUCCACGACGGCUAAGGUUGACCAGAUGGGACAUGGAUUGUUUUGAUUUCCGGAGACAGGCAAGUGGUCGGGGUCUUGGGACCGCGUUACUUUUCGCUUUAUACCUGCUUACUAAGAGUGUCAAUGCUGACGCUACGAGCCCGUCGUCAGUCGGCAUCAGCGUCGGGCCGACGCGGGCGACGCAGCUCCCGGGCUGGACAGGGACAUGUACUCGAGUACAACCGUGCAUUAGAUUCUUACCGUCAAGAUUUAUUUUAUUUUAAAGUUGGAACGCAGUUGAUCUUACCGUCAAGAACAAGCGGAACUGGGCUCACUGAAAAGUGCCGCGGAGACGAUAGAGGACGAUCAACAUGCUGUCCAUGUCUGCUGAGACGCUGAUCGACGUGAGAAUGAUCCGCGCAGCCAACGGGACUAUUCCAGACGCCGUUCUGAACGACGGCGUCACGGCAGCGAUGGAGAUCUCACUCCUGCGGCACUCCAGAACAGUGUGCCGCAGACUCCACAGCACUGUGGCCUCGGCGG